CCCAGGAAGGAGAGGGGCCUCCUGCAAUGGAGCAUAUGAGAAUGGGGGUGGGGAGAAGAGAUUCAGAGCACAUUCCAGAGGAAGCUCUACAAAGGAUCAUUUCAACUCUGGCAAAUAAAAAUGAUGAAAUUCAGAACUUUAUUGAUACACUAAAUCAAACACUAAAAGGAGUACAGGAAAAUUCUUCUAACAUACUUUCGGAGUUAGAUGAAGAAUUUGAUAGUUUAUAUUCUAUUUUGGAUGAGGUGAAGGAAAGUAUGAUUAACAGUAUCAAGCAGGAACAAGCUCGUAAAUCACAAGAAUUACAGAGUCAGCUCAGUCAAUGUAAUAAUGCCUUGGAGAACUCAGAAGAACUACUAGAAUUUGCAACACGGUCAUUAGAUAUAAAGGAACCUGAAGAAUUUUCAAAGGCUGCCAGACAGAUCAAGGAUAGAGUAACAAUGGCUUCAGCCUUUCGCCUUUCUUUGAAACCAAAGGUCAGUGACAACAUGACUCAUUUAAUGGUGGAUUUUUCUCAGGAAAGACAGAUGCUGCAAACUUUGAAGUUUUUGCCUGUCCCUAAAGCUCCAGAGAUAGAUCCAGUAGAGUGUUUGGUGGCAGACAAUUCUGUAACAGUAGCUUGGAGAAUGCCAGAAGAAGAUAAUAAGAUUGAUCACUUUAUACUAGAACAUCGGAAAACUAAUUUUGAUGGACUUCCACGUGUAAAGGAUGAGCGAUGCUGGGAGACAAUUGAUAAUAUUAAGGGUACUGAAUAUACACUGUCAGGCUUGAAGUUUGAUUCAAAAUAUAUGAAUUUCAGAGUACGAGCUUGUAACAAAGCUGUAGCUGGAGAGUAUUCUGAUCCAGUGACUCUAGAGACCAGAGCAUUAAACUUCAGUUUGGAUAACUCCUCAUCCCAUUUGAACCUGAGAGUUGAAGAUACCUGUGUAGAGUGGGAUCCUACUGGAGGAAAAGGUCAAGAAAACAAAAUGAAAGGGAAAGAGAAUAAAGGCAGUGUCCAUGUUACUUCACUGAAGAAACAUACAAGAAGUGGCACACCAUCCCCUAAACGGACAUCUAUAGGCUCCAGGCCACCAGCAGUAAGAGGCAGCAGAGAUCGUUUUACUGGGGAGUCAUACACAGUGCUGGGAGACACUGCUAUUGAAAGUGGACAACAUUACUGGGAGGUCAAGGCCCAGAAGGAUUGUAAAUCCUACAGCGUGGGAGUAGCAUAUAAGACUUUGGGGAAAUUUGACCAAUUAGGAAAGACAAACACUAGUUGGUGUAUCCAUGUCAACAACUGGCUACAAAACACAUUUGCAGCAAAGCAUAAUAAUAAAGUCAAAGCCUUGGAUGUUGCUGUUCCUGAGAGAAUAGGUGUAUUUUGUGAUUUUGAUGGGGGUCAACUUUCUUUCUAUGAUGCAAGCUCAAAACAGUUGUUGUAUUCCUUUAAGACAAAAUUUACUCAGCCGGUACUACCUGGUUUCAUGGUUUGGUGUGGUGGACUUUCUUUGAAUACUGGGAUGCAGGUGCCAAGUGCUGUGAGAACACUUCAGAAAAGUGAAAAUGGCAUGACGGGUUCAGCUAGCAGCCUCAACAAUGUUACUCAGUAAUGCUUACUCAGAAUAUGUUUACCCCCUUUUUGAUUGGGUGGCCUUUUCUGUGCAGUUACUAAUCCCAGAAAUUUCUGAGUGGUGGAAAUCAGGUUUGCUACACUCUGCUUUAAGGCCUGGAAUGUAUUAGCAUUAAGCAUCUAGUACAAAAUACUCACAGGAACCUACUGUGCAGGAUCAUCAAGCAAGCAGAUACCACACAAGAAACUGAUGUUUUAAAGAGUAAAUGGGAAGAAAGGCAGUGUUAAAAUAGUUAUAUAAAACUCAUUUUUUUGUGUGUUUCUUGGGUUACUUUGGCUCUUCUGAUAUGUUUAGUUACAUAUGGUAGCCCUAGGACCUGAGAGGAAAGCGUUAAAUUUUGUUGUCUUUCCUCUAUACUUUAUCUCAUCACACUGUUACUAGGUUCAUACACUGAAGCUUUAAAAAAAAAAAAAAAAAAAAGGUCUUCUAAGGUUUUCUAAAAAUUGAAAUAAUUGGUUCAGGAUGCUAGAAUGGCUUUCUUACAAUGGUUUGUUUUUCUCCUUUUAAAUAAGUUUGAGUUUUGCUAAAUUAUCCUCUUUUGUUUACUGACUAGAUUGUGUGUCAUUUUCUCUUUUCUGAAUGUCGUGAUAUUUCUCUUAUGGUUAAAACUCAAAAUAGAGUGAAUAGGAAGAGUUUCUAGACAUAGUUGCUUAAAAAUCACCAAUACUAAAAAAAUAAAAAAUAAAUAAAAAAAUCACCAAUACUUUAGUUUUUACCAGCUGCACUAACAGCGGCAAAGGGAUAUGCUUUGUAUGUUGCCUUGUUUAAGUAGACUUCUUUUCACUCCAUCAUUUUGGAUGAUGGAUAAAAUUUUUAAAAGCUUUCUAUUUUCUGAUUUUGUUGUCUAAUUCAAUACUACCUUUAAUAGUUAUCUUGGUAAAAUUCCCACUUGAAUUUGAUAAUAAUUGAUAACUAUACUGAUUUUUAAUAUUUUAAGUAGGAAUGAAAUUUUAUUAAAGUUAUACAUUAGGUAGAAAAACCUACACCAUUUAUGUUUCAUCUCAGAAGGCUAGGUUAUAAAGGAAGGUGCCUGAAACUAUACUGAAGUCAUUAAUGUCUGGUUUUUAGUAAGAUUUGGAAGGGUUUAAACAAAUGUUUUGAAAAAAGGUCUACAUAUCUCUUUCACUUACUUGCCACAUGAAUUUUUCAAACAUAACUAUUCAGAUGUUAUUUUUCUUUUAAUCCUUUUGCAACAUUCGUUUAUUUCCUAAAGGGGUAUAAUUCUUCCAAAAAUUAUCAUAGACAAAUCUUUCCCAAACUUAGGGAAAAUGUGUUAAACAUAAAACACAUGGUUAUUGAGCAGAACGUAUCUAUUAUUUAAAGGUUGGUUAAAAUUUGUUAUACAAGUUCUUUGAGCCAAACUGAAAGUUGUGAUUACAGUAUUUAAGGAUUCUUUGAGCAUUUUGAGUGGUCUCUGGAUUUUUACUUUCUCAUGUUGACUUUCAUUCUAAUUUUAAGUAUAUUGUGCUAGCAAACUUCUCCCAAGAAGUGAUUGUUGCUGCUUACAGCUGAGUUGUCUAUUAUAGAAAGGCCUGUUGAAUAGGUAUAGUGGAUUCUCUCCUAUUAAAGUUUACUGCUUACUGUUAGGAUGUUUUGUUCAUUGGUAAAACAAACCUAAAUGAGAAAAUUCCUUUGAACUGGCUAUUAUUUUUCUAGAAGACAUUUAUAUCUUCUCUAGUGUCUCAUGACAUAUUGGUACUUUUAAAGACCAAUGCAGUUGGGAGAAUGAAGUAUGUCAAUAGAUAUCCUUUUGAUUCUCCAAACAAAGUAGAAUUUUGGGUUUUGUUCUUCUUAAAGAUCUUCAAAAAAUUGUUUGGACGUUCUUUUCCUUACAAUGGGGUUAUUCUAGGAACUAAGGAAACAGGCAGUUAAAAUUAUCUUUCAUAGAGUCAAAUCUGAAAGCAGUGAGUGGAAUGGCUUUCUGCGAACAUUUACACGUGUAUAUUUUAGCAAAAAUGACACACAAAAUGCCAGAUGUUCUUGUAUAAAAUUUUUUACUAUUACGUCUUACAUAAUUGUGUCUUCUCUUUAAUUCAGUGCCUUCUUCCUCUAAGCGUGCUCUUGCUCCAUGCCCCAUGCAGUGUCAACUGAUAUUUAAGCCAGAGACCAUUAUGUUAUACUGGUUAGGGCCUUCUAUUUGCAGGGGUGUGGAGAAGAGGAAAUAUUAAUCAGGGGCUGGAGGAGUGCAUAUGAUUCUUUCCUGUGCUCAUGCCAUCAUUUGAAAACUUUCAUAUAAAAUUUUCUAAUAUUCAUUUGGAAAAUUCAUUUGAAGUAAUAACAGUUAUGACUUCAUUAUAAGAAUCUGAGAUUACCCUCUUACUGUGCUUCUUCUUAAAGGUCUCUAUUAAGAACAAAAUGUGUAGGGUUUUAAGUUUAUAUGUGUUAAACUGGAAAAGUUUGCCACCUUCAUUUUCAAAAUAGAAAAUAAUCAACUGUAGUGCCUAUUUAAAAAGUCUCACAUUAAGGUAACUAAAUAUAUAACAUUUUCAUUUGAAUUAAAAAAUAUUGAGCCUUUUUGCUUAAUUCAAUGCAUUAUGGGAAGGCAGUAUACCCUUUCAGAUGUUCUUUAUUAGUUUAUUUACUCUUUGUUGUGACAGGUCAAACAUGAUUGCUUUCUGUAAAAGAAAUGCAUGAGAGGUUGACGGUAAUGGAUGUAUCAUAGGUAUAAAAAAUUGUUUUAUAAAAACAUGCGUUCAGUAUUGCAUUUCUCUUUUAGCAGUUGAAUCCCAAACCAGUUUUGGUAAACUGGAUAAAGGAAUGAAGGAAUUGCCUUAAGCACUUUAGAAUAAGAAUUUUUUCACAAUUGAUUUUGAUUAUUUGGGCUUACCAUGUCACAUACAUCUUUAACUUGGUAAAUAUGUAUAUAUCAAGCAUUUAAUAACUGAGCGCACAUAGCAAUUUAAUAUACAGUAAUUCUUUGAAUGUUCCAGGUGUAGGUAAACAAAUUGAUAGUAUUAGAAGUGUGCCUGUCUGUACAUGGGUUUUAUUGAUGGCAUCUGUAACAUGUUGACAAACCCAGCCACUGUACAGCUAGACUUGGCCUACUUAGUUCUGCAAAGAGUAAUUUUUUCCCAUAUUAUCAUCUAAAGAAACACAUUGGCUUGGUUUUGUUUACUCAUUUGUUGAAUUAAAGUAUAAACAGUAUCAUGUAUAAUUUGAAUUUUUUGUAACUGAUUCUUGGGUGGUACAAAUAAUAAAAGUAAAUAAUUUGUAAUGAAAGUUUAA